CUGGUUUUGCUUAUUGUGCACAGGUAGGUUAGAGUUGGGUCCCAUACCAGUGGAGAAACCUUGGCGCAUUGUGCGGGCUCAGAGCUACAAAGGAACAGACUUUGGAAAUGUUUAGACUCGUGUGUGUUGGGGUACUGUACCUUAUACUGGGAUGCCACGCAGCAGGAGACUGGUGCUAUGAACAUGCUGAAUGUGGACCUUCUACAUGGGCAGAGCAUUUCCCAUGCUGUGGGUUAAAUUCCCAGUCACCCAUCAAUAUUGUAACCUCAGAAGUCCAACACAAUCAUAAUUUGGGACCUAUUCAGAUUUCCAGCUUUGCCAGAUCUUCCACUGCAGUUGUAACUAACAAUGGACACACAGUUGAGGUAGUAUUAAACUCACUGCACGUUCUGAGUGGUGCUGGACUUCAAAAUGCCUAUCAGUUGGCUGGGUUUCACUUCCAUUUCGGUAGUCCACAAUCUUCUGAUCAAGGGUCAGAACAUCUCAUUGAUGGCAAUGCCUUUCCACUGGAGGUUCAUUUUGUGUUCUACAAUACAAACUAUGUGGACCUAACAGAGGCAAAAACAAAGACAGAUGGUCUGGCUGUGGUUGGAGUACUUUUUGAAAUUGGUGAACACAAUCAGCUUCUUGACUCCUUAAUCAGUAUCCUCCCUAAUGUUGCUUACAAAGGACAGGAGGCCACAUUUUCCAGUGUUUUUUGGAAAUUACUUACUCGCAGUGGCAAUAGUUAUUAUAAGUACCAGGGGUCCCUCACAACACCACCGUGUUCAGAGAAUGUUAUCUGGCAUGUGAUAAGCACACCACAGCAACUUAGCAUCUUUCAGUAUGAAGCUAUUGUUUCUUUGCUGUACUUUACAAGUGACACUGAAGAAGGUAUCCCAAUGGUAGACAACUUUAGGCCAGCACAGCCACUUAACGGAAGGAUAGUGUAUAAAUAUUGAUAAUAUGGUGUUUGUACCCUGUUUAAA